AAAAAAAAAACAUUAAACCUUGAAAUUUAAAUUAAUGGAUUUGAAUUGUGUGAAUUCAACCAAACAAAUAGUCCGUCCACUCGCAAAGUUUCAUCCAGAUAUUUGGGGAGAUCGCUUUCUGAACUAUACUCCUCCUGACGAGGUUACCCUAGGGCAAAUGAAGCAAGAAGUUAAAAAGCUCAAAGAGCUAGUAAGAAAAGAGCUUUUGGAAGUUAGAAAGAACCCAAAAGAAAGAAUUGAGUUUAUAGAUGCUAUGCAUCGGCUUGGAGUGGCAUACCAUUUCGAGAAUGAUAUUCAAAAUUAUCUACAAAAAUUAAAAAACAAUUUCAAUUAUUACUUGGUUAAUUAUUAUAAGGACGAUCUUCAAUAUGUUUCACUAAGCUUUCGUCUUUUACGGCAACAUGGAUUUCAUGUAUCAUCUGAUGUAUUUGAAAAGUUUAAAGAUGAGAAUGGAAGGUUGAGGGAAUGUCUGAAAAGUGAUGUUGAAGGGUUAUUGAAUUUAUACGAAGCAUCAGAUGUUGGAGUAAAGGGAGAGAAUAUACUUGAAGAAGCCCAUACAUUUUGUUCAACUAACUUAUCAUCCAUUGUUGAAGAAUUAAGGUCACCCAUGGCUGAACAGGUUUCCCAUUCCUUGAAACUACCUCUCCACAGACGCAGUAUAAGACUUGAAUCUAAGCAUCAGAUCUCAUUAUAUGAAGCCAAUCCUUCUCAUAAUAAAACUUUGCUUAGAUUUGCCAAGUUAGAUUUCAACUACCUUCAAGUGUUGCACAAUAUAGAGCUUAGAGAUUUUACAAGGUGGUCAAGGAGCUUUGACUCGAUCGUUAAGCUGCCCAAGUUUAGUAGGAAUAGAGUGGUUGAGGCCUACUUUUGGUGUUUGGGAACAUACUACGAGCCCAAAUACUUAUAUGCAAGAAUGCUUUUGUGCAAAUUGUUCAAGAUUAUGUCCAUCGUCGAUGAUAUAUACGACUCUUAUGGAGUAAUGGAUGAGCUAGAAUCCUUCACACAAGCAAUUCAAAGCUGGGACGAAAGUUGCAUUGAUCAGCUUCCAGAUUAUAUGAAAUUGUUUUAUCAAGCUAUUCUGGACACAGUUGGAGAAAUCGAGCAAGAUUUAGCCAAAGAAGGACGAUCCUUUGCUAUUCACUACCUUAAACAGCAAAUGCUUGCUACAUGCCAAGGUUACCUACAAGAAGCAAAAUGGUGUCAAGAAAAGUUUGUUCCAACAUAUGAGGACUAUGUGAAGAAUGGCAUUUUAAGUUCUGGAUACUUGUUCAUUUUUGUUGCGUCUUAUCUAGGCAUGGGUGAGAUUGCAUCAAAGGAUUCUUUUGAAUGGACCCACAAAAAUUCUAGGGCUCCAAAAGCUUCAUCUAUAUUGACUAGGCUCUUUAAUGACAUUUCUAGCCAUAAGUUUGAACAAAAAAGAGAGCAUGUAACUUCGGCUGUAGAAUGCUAUAUGGGCCAAUUUGGAGUCUCAGAGGAAGAAGCUUAUAAAGAGAUACAAAUACAGAUGGAGGAAGCAUGGAAAGACGUGAACAGAGGCAUGCUUACACCAAAUACUGUUCCAAUGCCUAUCAUCCAACGAAUGAUCAACCUAUCAAGAGUUUUACAUGAUUUUUAUCAAAUUGGUGAAGAUGGUUACACCAUGAAUAAGUAUUUGCAACCUAAAAUAAAUGCUAUUUUUAUUGAUCCAUUUAAAGUUUAGAGCUACUUUUAUGAAAGAUUAUCUCUCAGUAAGACGAUUUAAAAAAAAAGAGAGCCUAUAUGUUACUUAUUUUAAUAGUAGACUAUUAAAUUCAUAUAUGAGAAACGUGUCACGAGAACACGAUAA